AUUCUGGCCGGCCCUUACUCGCCGCCGCGAUUCUUAGUUGCAAGUUUAACCCCACCGGGCUGCCAACAAUGCGCGCGUUUGCCUUCAUUUGCUUCGCUGUUGGAGCACCUGAUGCGUGGGCACUGCUGGACGCCCGCCGCGUGCUGAGGGGCAGCAACCGGCUCCUGAGCACCGCCAACUUCGGGCAGCUAAAGGUAACGGCCUCCGACGCCGCGUCGGGCGACCAAUUCGGCGUCUCCGUGGCGAUUGACGGCGAUACCGCCGUGGUCGGGACCUAUGGAGGGGAAGCCGCCUACGUCCUCCGCACGACCGACGGCGGCGCCACGUACGACGAGGUGGCCAAGCUGACUGCAAGCGACGCCGCGUAUAGCGACUACUUCGGCAGACACGUGGCCAUCGACGGCGACACCGUUCUGGUCGGAGCCUACUUCGAGAACAAUCGAAGGGGCGCGGUCUACGUCUAUCGCACGACCGACAACUGGGCCACGCACACGGAGACAAAGCUGACGGCCUCCGACGCCGCGGAGGGGGACUACUUCGGCUGGUCCGUGGCCAUCGACGGCGACACCGUCGUGGUCGGAACCAUGAGUGGGGCAGCCGCCUACGUCUUACGCACGACCGACAACUGGGGCACGCACACAGAGAUAAAGCUGACGGCCUCCGACGGCGUGUCGAGCGACGAUUUUGGCUACUCCGUGGCCAUCGACGGCGCCACCGUCGUGGUCGGGGCCUGGUACGACGCCGACAAUGGCUCCAUGUCGGGCUCGGCCUACGUCUUCCUCACGACAGACGGCGGCACCACGUACGACGAGGUGGCCAAGUUGACGGCCUCCGAUGGCGCGUACGGCGACAACUUCGGCGUCUCCGUGGCGAUCGACGGAGACACCGUCGUGGUCGGGGCCGAGCAAACUUAUAGUGAAGGUCCGGGGGCGGCCUACGUCUACCGCACGACCGACGGCUGGAGCACGCACACAGAGAUAAAGCUGACGGCCUCCGAUGGCGCUUCGGAAGACCUCUUCGGCCACUCCGUGGCGAUCGACGGCGAAACCGUUCUGGUCGGGGCCUACGAGGCCGACCCCGUCCCCCGGGACUCGGGCUCGGCAUACGUCUUCCGCACGAGCGACGGCGGCGCCACGUACCCCCAGGUGGCCAAGCUGACGGCCGCCGAUGCAGCGGCGUUCGACGAGUUCGGCCACUCCGUGGCGAUCGACGGCGGCAUCAUCGUGGCCGGGGCUCCCUAUGAUAGCGGCGGCUCGGUCUACGUAUUCUCGCCUCCUGCUCCUACGGUGCAGCCAACGCCCCGUCCGACCUGGACGUUUCAGCCGACGCCCCAGCCAACGGUGUCGCCCAAGCCCACAACGCCCCAGCCGUCGACCGCGGCGCUUGGAUCGGACUCGGCGACGCGGGCGGGCGGCACGCUCGCGACGGCCCUCCUCGCGUUCGCCGCGACGGCGCUCGCUCUAUAGGUGCUCCGCCGAGUCGCGCAAUUCAUCCCAUUCCCUCAUUCCGCUCAGAAUCCCCUGGUCUCUGGAGUCGGCGCGCUCCCAAGUUCCGCGCGUCCUCCCCUACGCCGCCGAGCAGACGCGCGUGCUUGCGGCUAGUAAAAUUCUUGAUUCUUGUA